UUACUCCUCUCUUCUCAUCCUCCAACCUCUCAUUGAACUCUCUCCGCCAUUUCUGCUUUCGUUUCUCUCUGCUCGAAAGAAAUGCUUCUGUUCUUGUACCAUCCAACGGCUCACAUUCAAUCGCCGUUCCAGUGGGCCCCAAAACAACCUUCUUUGACCAAAACCAUCUUCCCUUCUUUGGAGAAUCUACGGAGUAAGAGAUCUCAGAUCGGUACAUCCAAAUCCAACGGUCGAGAUGGGAGGAUGUGGGUGCUGCGUGCGUCCCUGAUCGAGGCGCCCGUGCUGUGGGCAGGCAGGGUUUGCAUCUUCUACGCUCUCCUUAGGGCUGGAUUAGCCGGGUCCCACCAGAAUCCGUUGGUCUCAGAUAUAAUGACAGAGACCGAUGAUAUGGGGUUUUCAAAGUGGUUGGACAGCAUGCAAGGGAGAUCAGAGGAAAAGGAUGCAGUGGAUAAAAGGAAACUAGUAAGCAAAUGGCAUCCUACAACAAAGGGAACUCUCAAGAGGAGCUACAGAGUCCCUUCGAAAUCUGAAGGUCGCCGUCUUCUCAAAGCUAUUGCAUCUCUGCUCUCCGACGAUGAUCAUUUCAUAGAUGCCACUUCCCAUAAGGGAUGUCAGAUUAGGAGGGAGAGUGCUCAUGGAGAAACUGUGUGUUGCAACAAUGUGAGAGCACUGUUUGAUGAGCUCCCCACUCCACACCUUGUGGUGGAGAUCACAGCCUUUCCAGCUGGCCCGCUCACAGACAAGGACUACACAAAGGCGGAGAAGCUCGAGAGGGUGCUAAGGUCUGGUCCUUCCAUUUGAAGAUCUUUAUUUUCUUAUGCUUUGUAUUGUAUAUCCUUCCAUCUGUACAUAUAACAUGAAUACAAGUUUCAGACUGUUACUUACCAACUUUCGAGUUGUCGACUCUAAUCUAAUCGGUCUCUUUGAUUCUGA